AUGCCGCUGCUGUUGUUGCGGAUAAUCAUUGGGGUCUCUGAAGCACCUUGGCCAUCACCAUGCCUCAAAAGCGUGGUGGGUGGCGGACAUGACUGGGCAGUGGCCAGUGGUGAGAAUCAGAAAGAAAGUGAAAGUGUGAGCGAGAAUAAGAAUGAGAGUGAGAAUAAGAUUGAGAAUGAGAGUGUGAGUGAGAGUGAGAGUGUGAGCGAGAAUAAGAAUGAGAAUGAAAAUGAGAGUGAGAGUGAGAGUGAGAGUGUGAGCGAGAAUGAGAAUGAGAGACACCACCCUUUUCAUGAGGAACAUCCCUUGGUGUUAGUGGCUGAGCAAAGCAAUGAAGGUCUCAAAGCUUACUGCGAUGGAUGUGGGGAACUGCUUUCAGCUCCAUGCUUCACUUGUAUUCAUUGCAAUUAUCACCUUCACAAGCAAUGUGCAGAGGCACCCCUUCGAAUUCCUAAUCACCCUCUCCAUCCCCAACACUCAGACAAAGGUCUGUUUCUUCAACAAAGGCCACAUCCUAAUGAUGGCCUGCUUACAAAGCAAGAUUGCAAGAUUUGUUUCAAAGAAGUGAAACUAGAUCGUGGGAGUUACUCUUGUGGGAAGCCAGGUUGCAAUUACGUUGCCCAUGUGAAUUGUGUCUUAGAGGAUGAUGAUUUGUACGAGUUAAUUGAGGAAGAAAAGAAGUGGGAAGAGCUUUAUGAGAAAUCUAUGCAGUCUUCCAUCAUUCGUGUUAUUGAGGUGAAUGAAGCUGGGGAAGCUAUAAAGAUUGACCAUUUCAGUCAUCAACAUUGCUUGGUGUUAGCAGGCAAGAUGGAUGAGGAAAUUGAUAGAAAAUAUGAUGGGUGCAUGCUACCUAUCUCAAAUAUCUUCUAUUAUUGUUCAGAAUGCCCCUUUUUUCUUCAUAAAACCUGUGCUGGAUUGCCAAGUAUCAAGCAGCAUUGGUUUCAUCAAAGCAAUGCCAUCAUCUAUUUCAAAGGCUUCCAGAGAUGUAUAUUUUGCUUUCGAUGUUGUAGUGGUUUCUUCUACAAAAUUAAUGAAAUGUGGGAUAUGUGCUUAAGGUGUGCUAAAGUUGCUGAUAUCAUUGAAUGUGAAGGACACCAACACUUUCUCUUUUUUGAUUUCAAUUACGAAGAGAAAUGUAAUGGUUGUGGCGCUGAUAGCGACUAUGGUACAUUACCGCAUUCAGCUCUUCACAAAAUUGAUGAACACAUGCUAAAGCUUACUUAUGAUGAUGAUAAAGAGCAAAGUUAUUGUGAUAUUUGUGAACGAAAAAGAGAUCCAAGGCUUUGGUAUUAUUCUUGUUCAAUGUGCGAUACUACUGCUCAUCCCAAAUGUGUUCUUGGAAAAUUUCCAUUUGUCAAGGAUGGGGAAGGCUAA